GACGUCAUCGCGUUGUCCACGCAAACAAAAGGCGCCAAUAGGUUUAGCGCUAGGACGUGUUGCGCUUCAAGAUGGCUCCAUCUCCUACCAAACGCAGGGAGCGUUCAGAAGAUAAAGCUCGAGAGAGGGGCAAAGAUAAAGCUGUGGUGAAGGAAGGUGCUGAGAAAGAGAGGGGUCGAGACAAGAACCGCAAGCGACGCAGUAACUCUACUGGGAGCAGCAGCAGCAGCAGGUCUAGGUCCAGUUCAAGCUCCAGCAGCAGCUCUGGUUCCAGUUCAGGUUCUUCAAGUGGCUCCAGCUCCUCUUCAGGCUCUAGUCGCUCUGGCUCAUCCAGCUCAUCACGGUCCUCCAGCUCCUCUGGCUCCUCAGCAUCACCCAGCCCGAGUCGACGUCGGCAUGACAAUCGCAGGCGGUCACGUUCAAAGUCUAAGUCUCAGAAGAGAGUUGAUGAGAAAGAGAGGAAAAGGAGGAGCCCUAGCCCUAAGCCCACCAAGCUUCACGUUGGAAGACUGACUAGGAAUGUCACCAAGGAUCACAUUCAAGAGAUCUUCUCUACGUAUGGGAAGAUCAAGAUGAUAGACAUGCCAUCAGAUCGGUGUCAUCCAAACUUGUCAAGAGGCUAUGCCUAUGUUGAGUAUGAAACUUCAGAGGAUGCCCAGAAGGCCCUGAAACAUAUGGAUGGAGGUCAAAUAGAUGGUCAAGAAAUCACAGCCACAGCUGUCCUGACUCAGAGGAUGCGACCUGCCCCACGUAGGCUGUCCCCUCCACGUAGGAUGCCUCCUCCUCCACCCAUGUGGCGCCGUACUCCACCUCGUAUGAGGAGAAGGUCUCGAUCUCCGCGUCGCCGUUCCCCAGUAAGAAGACGCUCUCGCUCCAGAUCUCCAGGCCGUAGACGCCAUCGCUCACGUUCCAGCUCCAACUCCUCACGAUAGAGAAUUCCUCUCCUAGAUCUUCGAAAGCUUGUAGUUCAGUGUCUCACCUUCAGCUUAUUUACAGCAAGAAGGAAGACACUUCAGUCUGUAAUUUGAAUGGACAAAAUUAAUUACUUUUGAUCUCAUUAACAAAUCCUUUUUUUUUUUGCUUUUCUUUGAAAUUUGGCCUGUAUGCAAAAAUCCUGCCAUCACAUUGUGUUCAUUUGAGUGAACGUGUGCAUCAGUUUUUACUUUUACUCUGCAUUUAUAAAAUGUUGCUGUUCUUACUUGUCAUACAUGGGUAGUGCCAGCAUACAAAAUGUUCUUUAUAUUUUUUCCAUUUUUUUAAAGUAGUUUUAAGGUUAAUGGAAGCUCAGUGCAUUACAUAUCUGUAUUGAUUAAAAUUCCAGUGUGUAUUGAUUAAA